AUGGAUGACAAUGGUGAUGAUUUUGACAGUUUCUUUAAUACAAAAAAAUCCAAAACAAAAUCCUCUAAAAUUUCGGAUCCCAUGGAAGAUCUAUUUGGCCUAGAAGAGAAAACUGAGAGCAAGACAGUAGCCCCACGAAAAUCCAAUACAGCCGGCUUAAAAACUUCCUCUGCCACACGUAUACGUGAGGAACCCGAAGACGAUGAUGAUUUGGGAUUUGAUCCCAGAAAACCCAAAGCUUCAACAAAAUCACAAAAUUUAUUUGAUGAUUUAUUAGCACCUUUGGAAACAAAACGGCCACAAACUUCUGCAGGCUCUACCGCCCAUAAACCCUCAAUAUCGAGACAAUCUACUGAGACCACAACUGAUAGUAACUCAAAUAUUUUUCAAACUCAAGCUGCCAGACCCAAAACUUCUCAAGGCCGAAGAACCUCUAAUAUGUCUAGUAUACAAAAUCCAGAUCCUUUAGGAUUGUUUAGCAAAGAUAAAGAAACUUCUAAGCCCUCCUCAAGAAUAUCAUCACCUAAACCCCAAAAAAGGGGAACAACAGCUGAUUGGUUGGGUUUGGCCAAAGAACAGGAUACAGAAACUAAUAAAACGGAAGUGAGAGCAGAAACCCCCAAAACUAUCAAAAUAACUAAGGUUUCUUCUAAGGAAACAACGGAAAUUUUAAAACUGCCCGACAAUAAUGAUAACCAAGAGGAUUUCCAAACGGAAAAUCAACACCAGGAAAAAGAAGAUUCUAAGGAAGUUCUACCCCAGGCCACUGACAACUUUAUGUUAGACUCUGCCACCCAAAAUAUAAUGCUAAUGAACACCUUAAACUUGGAGGCCAAACAAAGCUUCUCCGCCUUAAAAUAUCAAGAACAACAGCUAACAAUGGCCACGCAAAUGAAGCAACAGGAAAGAGUCUUAAUGGACAUGCAACAGAAACAGGAUUCACUAUUGCAGCAACAGGAAAGACAGUUUCAGGCUCUCUUUCAUCAGCAAAUGCAAAGACAUCAGCAAUUAGAGGAUUUAAUCAAACAUCAACAGCAGCGCAUUAGUAAUCACCUGCAUUUGUUAAUGAGUCAACCUCCUUUGACACAAACUAUAACAGAUUCGGAAUUUGUGGAAAGUAAAGUGGCAGCUAAAACAGUUCUUAAAGAGGAUGAAGAGGAAAACGAAGAAACUCUUCACAGAGACUUGGAGAAAGACAAACAGUUAGCCUUGGAUUUAAUACAGUUUGAAUCUGACAACAAACGUUUGGAACUGGAAAACUUGCGCUUGGAAGAGUUGAUAGCCAAUACAAAAAGCAACUAUGAAAGGGAAAUAGAGCUUUUAGAAAGAUCGUACAAAAAACAAAUUGAAGUUCUCGAGCAACAUUUGACCAAUAUAGAAAAACGUUUGAAAUCCGAGAUAGAAGACUUACAAACCUUUUUUCAAACUAAAAUUGAAGUUCUAGAACAAGAGAAAGCCUCCCUUAAAAAGAACUAUGAAGAUGAACUUUCCAACCUAAAACAGGAUCAUGAGGAUGAUCUACGCAAAUUGCGUAAAAAUCAGGAAGAAGAUUUGGAAAUGCUUAAAGAGGAACACAGACGCAUGCUGGACAACAUUAGACAGGCGAAAAUGUUGGAAUUUGCGGCCGUACAAGAAAAUGGCUCCUACUUAGAUUGUCUUAAAGUGGCCUCCAAUAAUCUAAGUGAUUUAACGGGAGGCCUCAAUGAACUCAAAGAAAAUAUGCAAAACAAAAUCGAGGUAUUACAACUAGAACGUGAGAAAACCUUGGAACAGCGUGAAAAAAGAAUAGAGGAUUGUGAGAGAAGGCUUAGAAUUACCGAAGAAUUUAAUGAUUUGGAAAAGCAAAGACUUAUGGAAUUGGUUAGCACUUUGGAAUUGCAAAUGUCGAAAAUGUCGAAAGAUACGGCCGAAGAAAAUUGGCAAUUGAGACAAAAACUUGCCAGUAUAGAUGCAGAGAAAAUGGCUUUCAAUAAAGAGAAGGAAUUUUUCCGCGAACAAAUGCUUAGAGAUGAAGAGAGAAUUAAGGACUUAAAAGAGCAGCAACUUUUAGAGACUCAAAAACUGCAAGUGCAAUUACAAGAGGAAAGAGCUCAACUGCAGGUGGAAAAAUCAAAAUUUGAAUUGGAAAAACGUUUACAAAACAAUACUGAUGUGCAAAAAGAAAGAAUGGAAGUGGAGGCCGCCAUGCAGGUGGCCCAAGAUGCAGCACGCAAAGCCGAUUUGGAGAGAGAACGUUUUUACAAAAUGCAAAGGCAAUUGGAGCAGCAAAAACGUGAUCUAAAUGAUAAAGAACAUGUUAUAAAUGUGCGAGAAGAAGAGUUACAUCAAGAACUAUUAUCCUACCGCAUGGCUGAGAGAGUAGCCCAAGAGUCUCAGCAAAAAGCCAAAAUGGCCGAACAAUUCUUUCAAAACAAACUACAAUUGCUGCAGCAAAGAUCUAAUGAAAUCGCCGAAAAGGAAACCAAUUUGUCGCAAGAACGUUUACUACUCGCCCAAGAUCGUAUCGCUCUACAUGCUCUCAAAACUAAGCUAGCACAACAACCCAAAUGCUCUCUUUGUCAGCUUUCACAGAAGAAUAAGGAAAUCUCCCAGUCCUUACAUGGUCUACCACCACCAACAAAUAAUAUUGCCACAAAUGCAAAAGAAUUUCAGUUAUCGAAUAACAAUCAACAAGAAAACUACGAUUUUUUGCAUCAGCCCAAUGUGGUGGAACGUCUACUGGAUGCCAAUAUAGCGGAUUCUUUAAGGAGAAUGCAAACCACAUCAAAUUUUGAUUUAGAAUGGGAAAAUCUCUUGGACGAUGACCACAAGAAGAUGGUGCAAACUGAUGACUAUCAUUUUUCCAGCAGUGCUAAUGUACCCAAGACCAAUUUGUAA